GUAAAGCCGGAAGUAGUCGUCCGCCAUUGUUGAAACAACGAAGAAAGCGCGACACGCAGAAUCGGCCAUCUUCUAUAAAAAUCAACCAUGCCACCCGGGCCUGUUCAAAUUGUUACCCCUGAGCCUAACAAGAAUGAUACAGCGGAGGAAACUCCAGCCACAAAACCCAUUGUAGGUAUCAUCUACCCCCCUCCGGAGGUCCGAAACAUUGUUGACAAGACAGCCAGCUUUGUUGCCAGAAAUGGACCAGAAUUCGAAGCAAGAAUCCGUCAAAAUGAGAUCAACAAUCCCAAGUUUAAUUUUCUCAACCCCAAUGACCCAUACCAUGCCUAUUAUCGCCAUAAGGUCAAUGAAUUCAAGGAGGGAAAGGCACAGGAGCCAUCAGCUGCUAUCCCAAAAGUUAUGCAGCAACAACAGCAGCAACAGCUUCCACAAAAGGUGCAGUCCCAAGUGAUCCAGGAAACUGUGAUACCAAAAGAACCUCCUCCUGAAUUUGAAUUCAUUGCAGAUCCACCAUCCAUCUCAGCAUUCGAUCUGGAUGUGGUCAAACUCACUGCACAGUUUGUGGCUCGGAAUGGCAGACAAUUUCUCACUCAACUCAUGCAGAAGGAACAGAGGAAUUAUCAAUUUGAUUUUCUGCGGCCACAGCACAGCCUUUUCAACUACUUUACCAAACUGGUGGAACAGUAUACCAAGAUUCUUAUACCACCCAAAGGCCUUCUCAACAAGCUUAAGAAAGAGGCUGAAAAUGCAAAAGAAGUCAUGGAUCAGGUGAAGUACCGUGUUGAAUGGGCAAAGUAUCAGGAGCGUGAAAGGAAAAAGGAGGAGGAAGAAAGAGAGAAGGAGCGCGUUGCGUAUGCACAAAUUGACUGGCAUGACUUUGUAGUGGUGGAGACAGUGGACUUCCAACCCAAUGAACAAGGUCACUUUCCUCCACCAACAACACCAGAGGAGCUUGGGGCACGUAUUCUCAUCCAAGAGCGCUAUGAGAAGUUUGGGGAAAGCGAGGAAGUGGAGAUGGAAGUGGAAAGUGAGGAUGAAGAUGAUGAAAGAGAGGAGAGGCGUGAAGGCCAGCCCUCUCAGCCUGAUCAGGACACUCAAGUGCAAGACAUGGAUGAGGGAUCUGAUGAUGAAGAUGAAGGAAUGAAGGUACCUUUGCCUCCAGAGACCCCUAUGCCACCUCCUCUGCCUCCAACACCAGACCAAGUUAUUAUUCGAAGAGAUUAUGAUCCCAAAGCUUCCAGGCCCCAGCCCUCAGUGUCUGUACCAGAUGAGUACCUCAUCUCACCCAUAACUGGAGAGAAGAUUCCAGCCAGUAAGAUGCAAGAGCACAUGCGUAUUGGCCUUCUAGAUCCACGCUGGAGGGAACAGAGGGACCGCAGCAUUCGAGACAGACAGACAGAGGAUGAAGUGUACGCUCCUGGUCUGGAUAUUGAAAGUAGCUUGAAACAACUGGCUGAAAGGCGUACUGAUAUCUUUGGUGUUGAAGAAACUGCUAUUGGCAAAAAGAUUGGUGAAGAGGAAAUUCAGAAACCAGAGGAAAAGGUUACCUGGGAUGGGCACUCAGGAAGCAUGGCACGCACACAGCAGGCAGCACAGGCCAAUAUCACUCUCCAAGAGCAGAUUGAAGCCAUUCAUAAAGCCAAAGGACUGGUUGGAGAAGAUGACACCAAGGAGAAAAUUGGCCCCAGCAAACCCAGUGAAAUUCAUCAUCAGCCUCCCAUUCCCGCAACCUCAGCUGCUUUACCCAAACCCUCUCCUGUUGCAGUGCCACGCCCACCUUCUGCUGUGCCCCCUCCAGUCCGUACGACGCUGCUUUCUGCUGUACCUGUUAUUCCAAGGCCACCUGUGCCCCCUGUUGUACGCUUGGCUCCAGGGCAGGUUAUCACCCCAAUGCCACCAAUGAUUCCUGCUCCUCGCAUCAACGUGGUCCCCAUGCCUCCAUCUGCUCCUCAUCUUAUGGCCCCCAGGCCACCUCCAAUGGUGGUUCCAGCAGCAUUUGUUCCAGCUCCACCUGUACCACAGCCUCCUGCUCCUGCACCUCCAGUCCACCCUCCUCCACCUCACGACGAUGAACCAGUCAACAAGAAAAUGAAGACUGAGGACAACCUGAUUCCAGAGGAGGAGUUUCUCCGCAGAAACAAGGGUCCAGUGGCUGUCAAAGUGCAAGUUCCCAACAUGCAGGAUAAGACUGAAUGGAAGUUGAAUGGCCAAGUGCUGAAUUUCACUGUUCACCUUACUGACCAGGUAUCUGUCAUUAAAGUCAAGAUCCAUGAAGCUACUGGUAUGCCUGCUGGAAAACAGAAGCUUCAAUAUGAGGGAAUUUUCAUCAAGGAUUCCAACUCUCUUGCUUACUACAACAUGGUCAGUGGGUCUGUCAUUCACUUGGCUUUGAAAGAGAGAGGAGGAAGGAAGAAGUAAACCUAACACCAACACUGAUUUUAAGUUUAUAUUCAGAAUUGUGGUUUUAGUUCAAUAAAAUGAUAAAAUGAGCUAUUCCAACACAUACUUACUCAUAAUUUUGUCUGAGAUUGUUGCAGCAACUUCUGUGUAACAUAGCAAAUACAAUACCAUUGAUUUAAAUAAAGAAAUUCCACAAGUGUCCUGACUGACUUGUGUGGUGAAUGUGAACAAAAAAACAAGCACAAAUUACACUCUGAAAAAUGUGUUUUUUAUUGUCGUCUUUACAUAGCCCGCAUAAGUUGUCUAUAUAACUUGAAUAAAAACGCCAAAUCAAAACCACA